AUGAUAAGUCUUGAACUUUCUGGGUCAUGGACAGGUAUUUCAACUACAGAUGAGUACACCAUCGAAGGCCUCCUCAAUAACAAGGUUCUGCUGGAGAGUACAUUCAAGUCCCCUCAUCUGGCAAGAUUCGAUACCCCCUAUCUCGAUCUCAAGACAGCCCCCUCGUUUCUUUGCCGUUACGCUGGAGAUUGGAAGUGGCGCAUAAGACAGGACCGGUGGGAAGAGUCCCCAGAUAUAACUCGCCUGGAGCUUAACUUCGUAUUUUCAGGUCCGCCAGCUGGACCACUAAUUGCACCAACACCAGAUGUCCGGAGCAGGCCAGACUUUAAUCACGAAUAUCCUGUGGAUCUCUUCCGUCUAUUCAUCCCGAAGUUUGAUGUUCCGGUUCCUCCCACCAAUACUCGACAGCAGUGGUAUUUCAAGCGAACCAUGGAGACCAUUUGGAAAUUGGGCUUAGGUACCAAUCCAUAUUUAAACGCCCCUCGUCCCUUCCAAUAUGAGGCAAUUAGUGGAGGUUCUAGCUAUAUUGACACUCAUAUCGGCGGGCAAUUUCAGCUCAGACGCUUUGUUGCUGGAAUGUUCAGCACUUUGAACUGUUAUGACUUGGCAGCACUAUCACAACUUGCGGUUUGCAUCAUACGAGACGACAGCGGUGACAGCGGUGUCGAGAUGUAUGACAGUAAAUACAUCCUUUGCGGUGACUAUGGAUUCAUACCCGACGGGACACUGUUCGGCUGGCCACAGUUCCCAACCUGCAAUUCACCCUUCUUCUGUAGAGGUCGUCUGCCUCAUUACCCUGCAGAUGAUACGAACCGGCAGAAAUUUGAUCGACACGCUUGGGUGGAGGUCACUAGCUCAUCGGGAACUAGAACUGUACUCGAUGCAACUCACUGCCUCCUAAUCCCGACGCCACCAGAACCGGCUAGCGGUACAGAUGAUCGAAUGACUUACAUUGGGAAAUAUACGGACCCUACAAGGGGUCCAUAUCAGCGGAUAUACACUGAAAACCCGGGUAGUAGUCUACAACAGAUUGGCGUUUGCGGAGUCGGCACAGUUCCAUUCUUAGGGCCAUCUCCUGUUGUCGAGCCGCAUGUUGAAGCAGCGAAGCCUGCACCUGUCAACAAUGCGCCAUGCAAUGACGCUACGAUAUUGAACGUCAUCAAAUCUGUCCUUCCCUUGGCAGCCCUCGACGCUAGUGAUUGGCAGGUGGGAUCUCGCGGGUGUCAGGCUUUGACUGCGUACAAGGGAAUACCAGACAGCAGCGACCGCCUUUUUGUCGAACUCAAUAAUUCCGAAACACUCCAUGACGCACUUCGCCAGUACCAAAAGUACAGAGACAUGCUCAGAGACCUCACAGAUCCAGAUGCUGGUCUUCCGCCCGAUGGCGUAGGUGACCUGGCUCUGCGGCUUCCAUUCCACUUCCUCUGGAGACGUAACAAUAUGUUCAUCCGCGUGUUCGCAAAUGCGCCAAGUACUGGACAAUCCCAAGAUAUUGAUAUUCCCGACUUGAUCCUAAGGGCAUCUAAAGCGAUAGAUUCAUAUCUGAGUGCCCACGCUGUCGAUCCCGGCCGUGAAGCGCGCCCUUCACCGGUUCUUAAGUACCCGGAGCAUAGAAACAUUGUUGUGGAGGGUAUGCAAAUGGUCGAGGUACCUCUGAACAAUGUUGAGGACAUCUCGGACAUCUGUAUUGCAGAAAUCGGGGACCAUACAGUUGUCAAACAAGCAUCAAUUGGAGCCACAGAAGACGGCAGGAAAGGUGUUAUUCGGCUUUCUACCCUGGAUCCAGGUGAAACGGAUGUCGCGAUCUGCGUGGCUCACCAUCUCAACUUGUCCACUUCAACCCUAAAAGUUAGUAUUAAAGUUGUGGAGUCUGCCGACUAG